AUGGAAUUCGCAUAUGACCCGCUCCCAAGGUAUUAUGAGGAGAAGGGGUUUGAGGUCAUCCUGGUGUCGCGAGUGCUCAACCUGUUGGCACUGGCAUUCACCAUCGCCUUCUCCGCCUUCCUGCUGCUGUUUGUCAAAUGGCAUGCGCUUCGCAGCGAGUGCAUUCUGAAGGACACCUGCGACAUCUCCGAGGUGGUGUUUGAUCCGCACCCGCUGAAGGACGGGUUCACGGUGUGGAACACGCUGCGGGUGAUGUACGUGGCCAUAUUUGCCGUGUACUGGCUGUACAACCUGGCGCACCUCUUUGUGGACCUGCGCGAAGCCGCGGUCAUUUCCCACUUCACUCGCCACCGCCUGGGCCUCUCCGCGCGCCAGCUCAAAACCGUCACCUGGCCCGAGGUCGCGCGCCGCAUCGUCGACGUCCAGAAGCAGACGAGGCUGUGCAUCACCAGGGACCUGACGGAGAAGGACGUGGUCAGCCGGAUCAUGCGCAAGGAGAACUACUUGAUCGGCAUGCUCAACAAGGGUGUGCUGGCGCUGAAUGUGACCAUUCCUGGGCUGGGCAAGCGCUUCAUGCUGACCAAAACGCUGGAAUGGAAUCUGCAUUGGUGCAUCCUGGACGCCAUGCUGGACGAUAACUUCUGCAUCAAGGAGGACUUCAAGCACGACGCCCCCAAGCUGCAGCGCCGCUUCAGGCGUGUGGCGGUGGCGAAUUUGCUGCUGGCGCCGUUCCUGCUGAUGUUCCUGCUAAUCUACUUCUUCAUGCGCAACGCCGAGAAGUUCUACCACCAGCCGUCCUCCGCUGGCGCGCGCCGCUGGUCCUCCCUGGCUGCCUGGCGCCUGCGCGAGUUCAAUGAGCUCCCCCACUACCUCAACCACAGGCUGAAUGCCAGCCACAAGGCAGCGGAGAAGUACAUCCAGCAAUUCCCGUCGCCCGUGCUGAGUCACAUGGCCAAGUUUGUGGCGUUCCUGGCGGGCUCCUUUGCAGCGCUGCUGCUGUUCAUGGCGCUGGUGGACGACACUCUGCUGGAGCGCCACCUCUUCGGCCGCAACCUCGUGUGGUGGGCGGCCACGCUGGGCAUAGUUCUGGCGGUGAGCCGGGCGUUCAUAGCAGAGGCGGGGGUGGCCUUUGAGCCGGAGCUGGCUCUGCUGGAGGUGGUGGCGCACACGCACUGGCUGCCCCGCCACUGGCGCGGCCGCGCGCACACCCAGGAGGUGCAGCAGCAAUUCCAGGAGCUCUUCCAGUUCAAGGCGCUGCUGUUCCUGGAGGAGAUGGCGAGCAUCGUACUGACGCCGUUCGUGCUCUAUUUCUCGCUGCCCAAGUGCGCGCCCGCCAUCCUGGCCUUUGUGCGCGACUUCUCCGUGCACGUGCCGGGCGUCGGAGACAUCUGCUCCCUUGGUGCCUUUGACUUCGAGCGCCACGGCAACUCCAAAUACGGCUCCCCCUCCCAGGCCCCCAAGGCAGCCCGCAGCCGGCAGGGCAAGAUGGAGAAGAGCUUCCUCAGCUUUGCUGCCACGUACCCCACCUGGGAGCCCGACUCGGCGGCCAAGCAGAUGCUGCUAUCUCUGGGGCAGGCGCCGCCGCUGCGCAACGGCCUCAACGCCUCAGAAACCGACUACCAGCCCAUGCACUCCGCAAUUGCCGCCUCGCUCUUCCCUGGCGCUCCCAGGUAUCCGGCAUACCACAACAUCUCGCCCUACAGCGUCGCGGCCGCGAGCAGCGUGCACCGCCUGGCACUGAGAACCGCGCCAGGCGCUGCCAGCAUGCAGAACAGCAUCUUUGGAUCUGCUGAGAUCACCGCUGGAGCCGCCAGCGCCGCCGGCAGGUGA